GUCGCGAUCUGUGAUUUGUUAAUGUAGGCGCUGGAAGAUCGUCACUUGCGCCGGUGGCCAUUGCAGUGUCCUGGAGGCUGUGUGACUGGAGGUCGCAGCGCAGAGAGACUGUAAUCAUGGCGGGUCGCAGAGCUUCAAUCAAGGCCGUAGACUGGCUAGCGUUUGCAGAAAGGGUUCCUCCAAAUCAGAAAGUCAUGUUCAAUUCACUGAAGACUCGCAGUGAUGCUGUUACUGCAAAGUUGACCUCUCUCCCAGCCAAACCCCCAACCAUUGACUGGUCUCAUUACCGUGCUGCGGUUGCCAAGGCAGGCUUCGUGGAUGAGUUUGAGAAAAAGUUCAGCGCCAUUACUGUUCCAGAGCCUGUUGAUAACCAGACACAGAAGAUAAAUGUACAGGAGCAGGAAGCUAAUAAACUGGCUAUAGCCUACAUUGAGGAGUCCAAAGCUAGGGUGGCACAGUUUGAGAAAGAGCUGUCCAAGUUUAAGAACAUGAUUCCAUUCGAUCAGAUGACAACUGAGGACCUAAAUGAUGCUUUCCCUGAGACCAAGCUAGACAAAGAGAAAUAUAUUUACUGGCCACAUAAGCCCGCCAGUGAAUUAUAAAUGGCACCAUGCUAACAUAUUAGAUGACAAUAAAACAUGUAAUGUAUAA